CGUCAUAAGACUUGGCUCCUUCAAAAUGGCGAACUCAAGUCUAGGGACCACUACCAGUGCGAGUACCCCGACGCCUCCAAUCAUUGUACCAAGUCUGGGAAAUAACAUAAUUCUCAAUCCUUUACAGCGCGGCAAUCCUGUUCUUGAAUGCAUUCGAAACGUCGGCAAAGAGUAUGGAGACAUUGUCGCAGAUUACCAGGUUGGAAAGACUACAGGAGUUCUGUUCCUCAGUCUGAAAUACCAUCGACUUCAUCCUGAAUAUAUCCAUACUCGCAUCGAAAAGUUGGGCCAUUCUUAUAAUUUGAGGAUCUUGUUAAUCCUCUCCGAUAUUGCGAGCAUUUUCUCCAGCGAGCACAGAGACCCAAUACGAGAGAAACAGACCUGUCUCAUUAACAACAUCACUAUCAUUGUGGCCUUUUCGUUUGAGGAGGCUGGUCAUUAUCUUUCAACGUUCAAGCAAUUCGAACACAAGUCCCCAGAUCUCAUCAAAGAACGCGCCGACAAAAACUACAUUUCCAUGCUACGGACAUCACUGACGAGUAUCAGCAAAGUCAACAAAACGGAUGUUGAGACGCUUCGUUCAUCAUUCGGCGUAUGGCUGGAAACCGCUCAGCUUCAAAAUUUACCUGGAUUCGGACAAGUCAAAGCCAGGAACAUCAAAAAUGCAUUUGAGAAGCCGUUUAGGAACAACGCUACCACCUCGCUUGCCGUGCUCUCUACCAUGAAGGAGCAAGAAUCUGAUGCCCAGCCCACUACUAACAACUCGAGCUCGAAGGGUAAAGAGAAAGCAGCGAUACCAACAUCUCCCCCCGUUCGACCUCCGAGAUCACCUAGUCCGGUGUGGGAUAUAGAGCUAGACCUUACUCCUCCACCUUCACCCGAGGCACGCUGGGCCUAGGCAAGCUGAGGCCUGAGAAUGGUGCAGCUCAGAAUUGGGUUGUAGAUUUAGAUACAUUAUGAAUGUAUUGAUUGAUAUUCACUUGAUUACAG